CACUCAUAAAUCUUUCUUUUUUUCACUUCAAUAUUUUUUUCUUUCAUUCUUUCAUUUAUAUUCUUUCGAUGGAAAAUCUCUGCAAAUUUCUUGUUAUUAUUCUGAUAAUACAUUGUGGGUUACUUAUUCAGACCGAAUCGCGGCCGUUGAAUAUCAAGAACACAAAAGAUUCAGCUGCUAGCAGAGUGAUUGAAGGGUUCUUAUUAGAUGGACUGUCCUUAGGAGCUAUCAAGGAGUCCGGACCAAGCCCUGGUGUAGGACACAAAUACACCUAUUCCCAGACUCUUGGAGGUAUUAAGGACUCUGGUUCGAGCCCUGGUGUAGGACACAAAUACACUAAUUCUCAACUUCUUGGAGGAAUUAAGAACUCUGGCCCUAGCCCUGGUGAAGGACACAAUCAUCUUAGUGGCAGUACUCAUCAGUGAUCUCUUUCCUAAGUUGAUCAAAAGAAUUCUAAAUUUAUUACAUUUUACUUCAUUCUUUCAUUUAUGUACUUGAUAGAGAUUUAAACAUUUAAUGUAAUUAAGAUACAAUUUAGUAUUUUUUUUACUAUUUUUUGGGGAAAUAGAAUUUGUAAUAUAGAAAUUGUUUUUAUAUAUAGGUUUCUUGGUUUCUACGGGAUAAAUAGUGGAACCAAGGUCAAACAAUGUAUAAUUUGAAAAGUAAUACAAAUACCGCGUUUAAUUUUA